AGAGCCAUCUGCGAUCAGCUGAUACUUCCAUACAUUUGUUUUUCAGUUGACGAGUCCCCGGAAAUCGGCGAUUCGUGCGUUGGCGGAGGGGGGGAUGGAGCUCCGAACAAUCCGAACGGGACUCGUUAUUGGACAGUACGAAUUGUUCGAAUUGUUGGCAUCGUUCACUUGAUGAUCAGUACAGCUACAGAUCAGUACUCGAUCUGUGAACACCGGAGCAAGGAAUAUUUCCGAUCGGAAUCCAUUCCGAAUAAUUCCAUAAUACGUGCCCUGUAGUAUGUAACAGCUUUCUGAAGGAACUUGUCUAAUACGAUUGAGCAAGUUGUCACUCUUCAUCGUCACUCUUCGUCGUCGCAGCUAAAUCGUGUCACAUUAUUUUUCCUCAUCGUACACAAAAUGUCCAUACCGCAUACCGUUGGCUGUUCUUUGAGCAUAGAUUGAGUUACGUCCAGCCAGGCAUAGUCGCAAUAUAAUGGAUAGCGUGACAGGAAUAAUUUAUGCAAUAUGUCGAGGGUUUAUAGACAGUUUAAAGGGCACUGUUGUUCUGUUUUACAUGGAUAAGCAAAUUAAUGAAAAAUUAGUUGGGAAAUCUCCUAACCGAGUGGAACUUAGGAGAAGAGAUUCCGUUAUGCCAAGCCCCUCCAAGCAUAAACAACGGGAAUCUAUGGUGUUGAUGAGAACCAUACAAUGCUGUGCAUUAAAUGGUGGAGUGUUUUGGGCUAGUAUGCUGAUAUUCGAUUUUGGACUUUUACCAUUUGUUAAGUACUUACUAACUAUUAUAUUUGGCCAUUCUCCUGGCAUGGGCCUUACUGUAUGGUCAUGGAUUCAACCAUUUCUAUCCCUUACAUUUGGUACAAUAUGGGUACUACCACUGUUCUUACUCAGCAGAAUAGUUAACAGUUUGUGGUUCCAGGACAUAGCAGAUAGCGCUUACAGAUACAGACAGGGGAGACCAUUGCUUCUGUCAAGUGUAAGCAAACUGAUAGCUGACACGCUUUUUAGCGUAUUAGUUCAAGCAUUAUUUUUGGGACAAGGAAUGUUGGUAUCCAAAGUUCCACUACCGCCAUUAGGGGACAUUCUUGCCCUUGUGCACAUGUGCCUUCUAUAUGCUCUCUAUGCCUUUGAAUACAAAUGGUUUAACAUGGGUUGGGAAUUGCACAGACGAUUGACUUUUAUUGAAGGCAAUUGGCCAUACUUUUUAGGCUUUGGUAUGCCAUUAGCAGUACUUACCCAACUGCCCAACUCGUACUUUGUAAGUGGCUGUGUUUUUUCUAUUUUAUUUCCACUGUUUAUUGUAAGUGGAAACGAAGCAGAACCUGUAACUGGAGUAUGCGAUUGCCAACUGAAAUUAUUUUCACCAGUAAUUGCAAUUGCAAAUACAUUAUUUAAUAAAACCAUCGGACGAGCCAAUAAGCGGUGAUAAUAAAAACAAAGAAGAAUAAAUACCUAAUUUAUGCCAUUUAUAUAUUAGGAUGUGCGUACAAUUUAUCACUUUGUUAAAGAAAAGCUCACAUACAAUAGAAAUAAUUUGUAUAAGAUAAUAUUCAAAAAAACAUUUGGAUAUCUUUUGUCUGCUCUUAAAGGAAAUAAUAUUACUUUUAUUAUUUAGGCGAAUUACAAAAUGUUCAAAAAGAAUGCAAAAACUACAUUUAUUUUUUGACAUUAAACAAGAUUUUAAAAUAAAAUUACAAUUUUUUUUCUAUCGCAAUUUUUGUAAAACAAAAAUAUCUAUUCCUUAAUUGGAGUGUAAAACCAAUUAGUACAAAUAUUUAUUUACACAUAUAUAAUAUACACAUAUGUAUAGGGUGUUUAGGGUUUUCUUUCCCCUGAAUGUUCCUCAGAUGUCAUUUUAUCCUUAUUGUUUAUUAAAUAUUAGACAAAGAUGACAACUAGACACUCGGGGAAAAGAAAGAGGAAAUCUAAACGCACCCUCUAGCUUAUUCAUACAUGUGUGAUUUCCUGUAUUUAAUAAUAUUACCGGUAUACAAACGAUAUAUAUGUAUAAACUGAAUAUAUUUCUCAAUUUUUAUGAGAAUUCAUAUUUUGAGCUUUUUAUGCUGUAGCUAGUCAUUUUUUCAAUAACGAUUUGAGAUCUCCAAUCGGCGCUGUGCUAUAAACUUAUAUUAUAAACAUGCUGUAAAAAUAGUACACUCUAUGGCAGUUGGUAUAUCCAGUCUAGUGAUGAUAUAAUCUUCAUAGAAUAGUUGAGAUAUAUUACUCCAAAUAUUAAGAUAAUUCUAAUACAGUGCUACACACAUGACUAUUUUGUAUUUUUCCUUAGGAAUGUUGACUUUUGAAAAAUUUUUUAAUUUUAGGAUACUUUACAUUUAUAUUAUAUGUAAGCGCCAAUAACAUCUCAAUCAAUUGAAUCUGUUGAUCCUAAUAUUUCUAAUUACGUAUUGUGUGCCAUACAUAUCAUUUAUACAGAGAAUUCGUCCAAGAAAAUAGAUCAUAUGAAAUAAAAACAAAUGAAAACUAUAAUUGUACGAUAAAUAUUGCUAAUUAUAUAUAAUAUGUAAGAAUAUUUCAAUUUUUGUAUAUGGAUAGGAAAGUGCAAAUGAUUAUUACAUUUGUCACAUAUACGAUCAUUUUAUAUACUAUAAUUUAAAUAAAUAAGAUUAUUAAAAAGUA